AUGAAUCUCCUGACGCGGAGGAAUUCAAACAAGUCCAUCGAUCAAGAGGCGCGAGGCUCCGAUCUAGACAAGACCGUCACCGUCUCGGCAGACCGAGGGCAAGAUGGGGAGAAGCCAUCCUUGCUCCGCCGUCUCAGCAGGUCGAUCAGUCGGACCCAGCAACCACCGGCUCGCAAAGAAAACGAUCAGGCUCCUGCAGUACAUGUAGAGCCUCACCCUCACCCCCGCGAGACUUUCCGACCGCAAGAAACGGGUGAUAAGACUGUCGAACCCGUCGUCGAUGAGCUGUCGCUGAAAGCGGCUCACCACGCUUCCAGGGCAAAUCCAGAGAACCGAGAUGUGAUCUCGUCUCCGCCGACUGUUGCUCAUGAGCAGGUCUCCGCAACCACAGGAAGUACUACAGCCGUCCCAGUCGUCCACGCGAGCCAAGCUGCAUCGUCCACCCAUCCAGCUCAUCCAGCUCAUCCCGUCCAUCUCCAUCCCUCUCAUUCUACUACGUCCACACACCACCAACCCCGCCAUUCAAGUGGCCUUAGCAAAGCAGACAUUCAUCAUCUGUUCUCCGGGGCGCCACAAUUCACGCUGGAAAAGGGCCAACGCGGUCGAUACUUUCCUCAGGCUUUCUUUCCUUGGGACACUGAACUCGAGAUCGCCGAUCUUCAGGACCGGCGAUACCUUCGUCAUGAAAGCUUUGCGUUGUCCACCUUGCAUGCCCACCUGCCAAUCCCGGACGAAGUCAAUUGGAAACCAGGCAUGGCACCACCUGUGAAGAAGGAGGGUGUCGAUGCCAGCAAGCAGCCCAUGUUUGAGCUGGGGAUUUUCGAGAGGCCCAAUAUGCUGGGUAUGGAUGGACGAGAGCCUGGCACCGUGGGAUUGAGGUACUUUCUCGAACGGCCCGUCGCGGAUGGGAUCCAGGACGACAAGGUCAAAGAACAUGGUAAAGACGUCGACAUUGAUCUUCCUCUCCCGGGCAUGGCAACAUUUGAAGCCUUCAAAUCACUCGCCAUCGGCAAGGACAACGAUGAUAUGAAUGCCAAGGUCGGAAAGCAUGCACCGGAGCAAGACCGGGCGAGACUAGUCCACGGCGGUCCCCAUGCCUGGAAAACUGUGGGAGUGAGGAACAUCAGCAUGAACGACCUAGCAGCGAGAUUGGAACAGAUCUGCCGCUGGCGAGAUGAAAUGGCCAAAAGCGGGUGGAAAUCUACGGUUCUGGACUCGAUGCAGACGGAAGAGCUUCACAAUCAUCUCUUCAAUGAAGUGCUCUACCCACCGCGCAAGCUCAACUCCGACGCCAAACACCUCAAGUCGGGAUUGAAGGUCCAGAUUGAGGCGUUGGUCAAGGUACUCACCACGCCCGGGGCGUGGCUUGAUUUGAGUGUGCCUGAAGCAAGGCUGCGCUUCGGCAAAAUCCUGCACCGUCGGACGACACGGCAUGACCACAGCACAGGGACGAUGUGGAUUGAUCCCGAACGGAAAUGGCUCCUGAUCCAACUGCUCCUUGCCGUCGAGUUGGUCAUCCGCCUGGACGCGGCGCUGCGCCUGGGUAUUGCCCUGCACUCCGACGAUUUUGAGCUCAGCAGCGACGAGAUCCACCAUUUCAACAAACUCCGCAAUCUCAAGGUCGACUGGGAUCUGGUGGCGGCACGGAGAUUUCUGAUACUGUGCUAUGUCAAGAAAGUCGAAAAGCGAUCACCCUCGCUAUCCCCGCAGGUGACCCAGUUGAGCAAAGUCAGCUCUCCCGAGCGCCACGGUGGUUUCCUCGGCGGUCUACGCCAUGUGUUGAGCCUGGACGAGGACAAAUCAGAGACGACGCUCGAUGACUGUGACUUGGCCAUCCUGCCGCGUCAGCCGCGACUCAUGCUGGACGGGCUCAUCCGGUUUGCGCACAAUAUCGGCUGGCCACGAUGGGUUGAAGUUCAGCAACGGCUGGAGCAGAAACUCUCUCCAGACAACCCCGAGGAGCGAGAGAAGUUCCUUCUGGACCUCAUGUCCUGCACCGACGCAGAGCACAUAACCGGCCCUCAGCCUGGCCAGAUCAUCCCACCGCUGGGGAAAUUCUGCGUCAACCUGCACCCCGCAACCUCCAGCACCAUUGGAGGUUGGCUGUCACACACUUGGCUCUCAGGCCUGAUCCUGCCGGGCAAAUCGAGCUGCGAUCUCCUGAUGGCGAUGCUGUUGGAGAACGACACUGACCCUUCGACCCUUCGAGAUCUGGGAACAAGAGGACUCCCUCUCUGGAGUGCCGGCUUCAUCCUCAACGGUUCGUCUUGGUGGACCAAGUCCAGCAUUGUCGGCCGUGUCAUGGCUCCGUUGCGCGGGUCCAAGGAAGGCAUGGGCUGGAUCCAUCUGCCCAAUUGCGUCCCCUUGAGCGAAGCGACGUCUGAACCGGUUCCAAACCGCUGGAUCAAGAUCAAGACAUGGCCGGUGCCCACUAGCCGGCCCCGACCCCGGAUCUUUGACGGGGACAAAAUCGCCUCGGAGUCGUCCCCGUUGGGUUACGGCAAGGGAAACAUCAUGGGCGCGGAAUUCAGCAUGGUGACGGACCAUACGCUGGAUAACGAAACCGUGCCGGAGGUCAAGGUCAGCGAGAUCAAACUGCAUCUGUCCACCACCAACGACACCCAGUCGAGUCCCGAUCAUCCCUUGGCCGCGUGGGCCCAGUUUCAUCUGAAAAUUAUCGACCCCCGUAGUCCCGACCGGCCCAUCUCGAAACAGGUCCGCUACGGUCUCGACCGCGCUGUGUACUUUGUCAACGCCUACCCUUGCCGGCUCCCACACGGCCACGCGACAUUCAAAUCAGCCACCUCGGACGCGGGCCAUGAGCACCACGAACACCAGCAUCAACACCCACACCACAGACCUGCCGAACAUAUUCCCGCGCAUCCGCUCCAUAAGACAUACAAGUUUGUGACCAAGACUCUCAUGGACUUGAUCGACAAUCACGUUGAUCCUCCGGCCUCAGGUGCCGCAGGUCAGAAGGAAGUCUGGGUGGUAGAUGCGCGAGACGCCCUGCCGGCGAAAGCACAUGGACACGAUCAGGCUGUUCCUCCGAGCCAGUCCACGAGCGAACAUAGUCCCAGCCCGAAUCCUCCGGCUCCCCUGGCCGCCUCACCAUCUUCACCCCCGGCGAGCGCUGAGCUAUGCACCGACGCAUGUCCUGGUCCUAGUGCUGAAUUGGCGUCACCGCUACAGCAUUCCACCAGUGGAUAUUCCGGUCAUAGCCACAGUUACAGUUUCAACCACCAUCACAGUCACGGUCACGGUCACGGUCACGGUCACAGUCACGAGUCGUGUGAUCCCGACCCGCAGCUCUGGGAGAAGGAUAUCCUGGUGCGGGCCUGGUGUGCGGAGAAGGGCCGGAACGCCAUCAUUGCGCGCGUGGGCCGAACCUGCCUCAGCUGCGCCAUCCGGGAAGCCAAGGCGCUCGAGAUUGGCGUGAUCAUCAGGGUCGGAAUCAAGGAGUAG